AAAGAGAAUUGCGGAUAGAUAAAGAGACAGAAGAGGAUCAUCUGUCCGUAGGAGCAGACAAUCAGGUAUCACAUGUAUUUAAGUUUUCCUCGAAGCCAGCUGUAAAAGUGUAUGAACUGAUUUAAUAUAGUAUCAGAAUCUUCUGCAAUGCCACUGCAAGGUUUCAUGCAUGAUGUGGUUAUUACAAGUUCAUGUUGCAUAUUAGGAUUCUGUGUAAGAUAACGUCGAUUUAAAACAAACAUUUUAUCUGUUUCCAGUCAAUUCAUGUUAAUGCUUCGUUGUCUGUUCUUAGAAGAUUAUUAGCGCAGGUAGCAACAGACUCCUGCAUGCGCAUCUAUGCGCAGUGUCUGAAUACACACACACUCAUACACGAACAAUAUGCAUCCACUUGCAUAGCGCAUUGCUUGUUCAAUGACUCGAGAUGCGGAACACUUUCAGAUAUUGGUAAGGGGUUUUUUCCUGAGUGGAAAUCAACUAUACAAUGCCUUUAGGAGAGGAUGAAAAUGGAUGGAAAAAGAAGACAAAUGACAUCAAGGAAAAUUACGAUUUCAAGGAGGUCUUGGGGACAGGUGCGUUCUCUGAGGUGUUCCUGGCUGAGGAGAAGAAGACCCAGCGACUCGUGGCCAUUAAAUGCAUCCCUAAGAAAGCGUUGGAGGGAAAGGAGAACAGCAUUGAGAAUGAGAUUGCUGUGCUACACAGAAUAAAACAUGAGAAUAUUGUUUCACUGGAAGACAUCUUCGAAAGUCAGUCGCAUUUGUAUUUGGUCAUGCAGCUCGUAUCGGGGGGAGAGCUCUUUGACAGGAUUGUGGAAAAAGGUUUCUACACAGAAAGAGAUGCCAGCAAACUCAUUCGGCAGAUUUUAGAUGCAGUCAAGUAUCUGCAUGAUAUGGGCAUUGUGCACAGAGACUUGAAGCCAGAGAAUCUGUUGUACUACAGUAUGGAAGAGGACUCCAAUAUCAUGAUCAGUGACUUUGGCCUGUCUAAGAUCGAGGACUCGGGAAGUGUGAUGUCAACUGCCUGUGGGACACCUGGAUACGUAGCUCCAGAGGUCUUGGCACAAAAACCAUACAGUAAAGCUGUAGACUGUUGGUCCAUAGGAGUGAUUUCUUAUAUUCUCUUAUGUGGCUACCCUCCAUUUUACGAUGAAAAUGACUCCAAGCUGUUCGAGCAGAUUCUCAGAGCAGAGUAUGAGUUUGACUCUCCGUACUGGGACGACAUCUCUGACUCAGCCAAGGAUUUCAUCAGUCACUUGAUGGAGAAAGAUCCGACUCUGAGAUAUACAUGUGAACAGGCUUUACAGCACCCAUGGAUUUCUGGAGACACGGCUCUCGACAGGAACAUUCAUGAGUCUGUCAGCGCUCAGAUCAAGAAGAACUUUGCCAAAAGUAAAUGGAAGCAAGCAUUCAACGCGACAGCAGUGGUCAGACACAUGCGGAGACUGCAGCUGAGCACCAGCCUAGAGGGGCCGAGCCAAAUCACCCCCACCAGCCCCUACCACAGACACCUGCUCCUGCCCGCCAAAGAGCUCGACCAGGAGGAGCACGAGGACGAGGACGAAGACCACAACAGUUCCCCGAGUGCGGACGGGCGUCGAGGCAGUGCCGACCGGGACAGUCUCAGAAGCUGUGCGUACUGCUGCCGACCUACCAGCAGGAUCUGAAGCAGAACUCUGAGCCCAGCAGAACCUAGAGGAACCCAGUGGAACCACACAUGCACGUCCACCGCACCAGUCUGACCCGGAACACAGAGCUUUCCUGCUGGUGGGACGUGAGAGGAGAGCGUCAUUGUUCCAGACACUCAGACUUGGGUAUAUCAUAGACAGAUAUGUAACUCCUCUAUCGUUUUAAUUUGAUUACUAUUUCUGUACCCCAACCAAAGACUACAAUAUGUUUAAGUUGUACGUUUAUGGAAGGUUUAAUUUAUUUAUUUAUUUAAUUCUCAUUAUUUUUUUAAAGAAAAAGUUCAGGUCUGUACCCAUAGCAAUUUGGACUUUCUUGGAAAGCCACUAGUUAUACAAUGUCUUCACAAAUAUUAAUAUCUUAAUAAGCCCCACUUGCUCAGGCGAUAAGUUCAUGAG